UAACACUCUGUCCUCAAUCCAUCAUGUGGGGUCUCCCUUUGAGUCUACUUCUUUGCGAAAUAUUCUUGGCCGAUUUUGCAUCAGCUGGACAGCAGUGCCAGUUGAAGCUCCAUUCAAAUAUUUUGUCAAGUCCAUUCGGUGGCAGUACCUCACUGCUGGGAAGCACAAACACGCCUGCCGCAUCGACUCCUCUUCCAACGAGUGUACCAAGCACGAGGACCGCGUCCUCCAGCGCAUCAGCGUCUCCAACGUCAACACCAUUCGCAUAUGGCACAACACCCAUUCGUGGGGUAAACCUAGGGGGCUGGUUCGUUCUGGAGCCAUGGAUCACACCCAGCAUAUUCAACAACACCGGGAACGCGAACAUUAUCGACGAAUUCACGUUCGGAAGCAUGCAGGACCCAAAGACGGCGUUGACUACGUUGACAAAGCAUUGGGAGACGUGGAUAACAGAAGCAGACUUCAUCGCAAUAGCUGCUGCCGGCCUGAAUCACGUCCGAAUCCCACUCGGCUACUGGUCUGUGCCCAUGACCUCUGAUGAUACCAACGAGAACACAUCACCUGCACCCUACAUUUCUGGCGCAUGGCCGUACCUUCUCACCGCCUUGAACUGGGCCAAAAAGCAUGGAAUUCGCGUUAUUCUCGAUCUGCAUGGCGCGCCAGGUUCUCAAAAUGGCUUCGAUAACUCUGGGCAGCGGACAUCUAAUUCGCAGUGGGCUAUUACUCCAGCUAAUAUCACUCGAACGGUGGACACGCUCACGUACAUUGUGAAGCACGUUGGUGGCUUGAUCGAUGUCAUUGAGCUACUAAACGAGCCUGCCACAUUUCUCUACCCCUCGACAUAUCCAGACACAUUACGACAAUUCUGGCAAGAUGGAUACGAUGCAGUGAGAGCCGCAGUCGGACCAGAUAUUCGCGUGAUGAUUGGUGACGGAUUCAUGGGAGUAGAUGCCUGGACCAACUUCAUGACAUACCCGAGCGCCCAAGGAGUUAUCAUGGACUAUCACGAAUACCAACUAUUCAGUGUUCCGGAACUGAGUCGCAAUUUCAGCGAGCAUAUUCAAUUCACGUGCUCCAGCAUGGCCGACAUCGACGCAUUUGCGCGCAAUAACAUCUGGGCCAUAGUCGGAGAGUGGUCCACGGCAGUGACAGACUGCGCCGUAUGGUUGAACGGUCGAAAUAUCGGUGCUCGAUGGGAUGGAACUUGGUACACACCGAACACGCCCUUCGGAAGCUGUGACGGAUGGUCCGGCGACUACCACACGUUUUCCGCUCAGUAUAAAACGUUCCUGAGGCAAUAUUGGGAAGUUCAGACCAUGAUGGGCGAAGGAGUCCAAGGAUGGGUGUAUUGGGCAUGGAAGGUGGAUGACUCGUUAUCCUAUUCUCGGUGUACAUCGACUGAACAUCUGCUCCAGGCAGAGAAUGCUGACGACUGGAGGUCCGUCUUGAAUCUUAACGUGAUAUCCUCAACUGACGGUGGUUCAGUUAUCAGAAAGGAUUGGAAGGGGGCUGGAUUCCUCAAGAUCCGACGGAUCGAAUGUAUCCUAACAUCUGUUCCAGCUGAGAUUUGUGCUCGUCGAUCGGCCAUCUUGGCCUGGCAACAGGAUGUAGAACAAUAUGGUGAGAACCGAUGCCCCGUCCUCUCGAUGACCUCACCUCGUGACCGUGGCAAGCACAUCAAUCCCUGGCCCUGUCCACUAUCUCAUUCGCAUUUGUGGCUUUGGAUAUUGUUCGAAAUGAGGCAAGAAAAGUUUGCACAAAACAUGCUCGAGCUGGAUAUCGAUCUGGAGGAUUACGCUCUGGAGGUCAGGUCCAUGAAGGAGACCGAGUUGACAAAGGAAGUGCUAGAAGUUUUCAUCCAUGCCGAACCCAUCGGCAUCGCGCCUGGCUACUCCAAGGAGGGUGAUCUUGUUGCCCUGGCCAUCGCGGAUAACACAUACUGCCUCAUUGUCUCAUUCAUCUCCGAUCGCAGUGCUUCGAGAUCGGGAAUCACGCAAAAACGCGGCGGUGGCGGCGAUCGCAGCGGACGUGGUCCUCAGAAAGCUGGAGCUGCCGUUGACACGAGCGGUCGGAAACUGCUCGAGAAACUGGUUCUCUGUCGCGCUAGUGGCGAUAACUGUGCUUUCGACUGUGGUCCGCUAUCUAUGUCCCUUUACUGCGCUGUUGGCCUCCGCAUCAAGAAUGGCAUCGACAUCCAGUCUGCGUUCUCAUCUGUCAAUCGCAAACCACUUAGCGCGAUCGAAGACGCUGUUGGGGGCACGGAAACUGUGAAGGUCUUUGCAGAGAACAUCACGGAGGCUUUUCAAAAUCCUUUGUAUGACAGUGAAGACAAACACUGCUCUCAAGACCUGGUCAGUCGAGCAUGGCUGUCUCAAUAUCUUCCCAUGGUUGGCAAUUGUGCGGAGGCAUUUGCAAAGGUACCAAAAAUUGACACAGAGAUGUUGGAGCUGCCAUUUCUCAAUCAUCUUGCAAAACUCACUCAAGAUACACUUCGUCUACGCCACAGCAAGCCUUCAAAUACAAAGCACUCUAUUACAUUGACCCCAUCUGUGGACAGUGAGGGAUCAGACCUUCAGUCUCAAGGCUUCAAAAAUCGGAUACGCUCUGGACAGAAUGUGGAGUUCAAGAUACAAAAUGCCCAGGGAGCAGUGUACACUCAUCGUGACAGGGUUGGCAAUGUAGUUGGCCGAAGAGCUAAUCUCGCCAAUUCAUAUGAUCACCUUGACAAUUCCAAAGUGGUUCUCACUGUCCAUAGCAUUGGGAGAGAUGAUCCUACAACUGCUGAAGCUAGACGGGCCUUGACAGUUUUACAUAUGCUUCAAGGCCAACACAAUCUCUUCAGCAAUAAUCCAUGGACAAAAAACAUCUGGCUUCCAUCUUCAGAUUCUGCUCCAGGGCUUUUGACUUGGCCUGAUCAAUGGGCUCAAGAGGCACCUGUCCUUUGCUCAGUGGACAACCUUGGCCGUCAUAAAAAUCUGAAUCAAUCCCAGCAAGAUGCAGUGGAUGCCAUGCUUUCUAACAAGAAUGACCAUCAUAUUGUUUUAGUCCAAGGCAAGCCAAGUCCACCAGGGACUGGCAAAACUUCAGUCAUUGCAACCUUUGUGAAUGCUGCAGUUUCAAUGAACUACCAAGGCAUUUGGCUUGUUGCCAAAAGCAAUGUUGCUGUGAUUAAUAUUGCACUCAAGCUGCAAUCAGUUGGGUUUCUCAAUUGGCGUCUUCUUGCAUCUGCAGAGUUUUCACACAAGGACUGGCAUGGCCAUCUCUAUGACCAAAUACGAGACAAGUUCAUCUCCUCACAUGAAUUCUCUAAAAUGGGCAGGGACUAUAUACCAGUUAUCACUCAGUAUGAGAAAACUUUGCGCAAGAUGUGCUUCAUUGGGGAUAACAAGCAAUUGCCUCCUUUUGGACAAGAAGAUCUCCAGGACCUACAGAGUAUCUUUGAGAUUCCCCACUUGCAGUCUUUUUGCAUUUUUCUGGAUAUCCAAUAUCGGAUGCCUCCACAGAUUGGGGAUUUCAUCUCUCAACAUGUCUAUGAUUCAAAACUCUCUUCUAAUCCAACGCACCCAAUCCCAAAUUCCCAUAUAGCUUGUCAAUUUAUCAAUGUUGUCAACAGCAAAGAAAAACUGCAAGUAACAAGCACUUCUAUCACUAAUGAAAAAGAAUGUGCUGUAGUGUUACAACUCUCUCAACAUCUCCAGAAUCACAACAAAAACUUCAAAAUUAUCACUCCCUAUGAUGCCCAGCGUGAAUUAAUUCAAGAAGCACUCAGAAGUGCAGGACUUCACUGGGAAGAAAAGGUUUAUAAUGUUGAUUCUUUUCAAGGUUUAAUUCACCAUUUGCUUCUUGAGAAUAUUUCACUAACUGUUUCAGGGAACGAAGAAGAUGUUAUAAUUAUCAGUCUUGUUCGAACACGUGCACUGGGAUUUCUACAAAAUCUGCGGCGCACAAAUGUAAUGUUGACCCGAAGCAAGAAACAUAUGUAUCUGGUCACAAGCCGUAACUUUGUAGAUGGGCCAUUGGCACAUGAAUGCCUGGUUGGCCAUCUUAGUAGACAUGUUGGUGAUUUAGGAUGGCUGGAAUUGUCAAGUCUCGACAAUGAUGCCUUCCUUACUAAUUUUCAGAAGCAGCACUAGAUUUAUAUAACAACUCAUAUAUAUACCUAUGUUGUGCUAUUUUGCUUAAAA